AUGGCGUCGCCUGUAGCAGACUUGGAGGCGAACCUCAUGGCCAUGCAGGCCCUCAAACCGCCUGGAGUAUCUGGUUCAAAGAUCAAAGAGAUCACGGCGCUGUGCGUCGGAAACGUCAAGUCCGAGUCGGUCCUCAUCCAGAAGCUCUUUACGCAUUUCAAGCGUACACCCGGAACCCAUAAGCUCGGUGUUCUCUACGUCGUAGACUCUGUAACACGAAAAUGGAUGGAACAGGCCAGGCAGACAGGCCAAGCGAUCAGCAGCGCGGCCGAAGAUGGCACUUUUGCCGCUGGUGUGCAUAGAGUGACCGAGUUGAUGCCCUCGUUCAUGAACGACAUUCUGGGUUCUGCUCCCGAUGAUCAAAAGGAAAAAAUACGUAAACUAGUCGACAUUUGGGAAAAAGGACAAACUUUCCCGUCGGUUAUGCUGGAGGGUUGGAAGACAAAGCUGGACGCGCCAAGGGUCUCAACGACUCCGCCAGGUAGUCCACCUCCUGGAGCCUUUGCUGCUAUGAUGAAGACCUCCAGCUCAGUAGCCCCUGCUCCACCACCAGCUAUUCCUGACAUUAUGGAGACGUUGGCAAAUCUUGCUCGUCAGAAUGCAUCGGCUGCUUCCAGUAAUCCUAGUAUUGCGGCCCCAGCGGCGACAUCCGCACCCGCCCCGUAUGUUACGCCGGCAGCAGCGCCGGCUACAAGUAGCAGUUUGUUGCCUCAAGCACUUGCCGCUGCGGCAGGUCAGGCCCAAGGUGCUCCUGGUGCCAUGCCCUUCGGCUUUCCAACAACGCAGCAGCCGCCCGUAGCUGCACCACCUACUCUGCCUUUCCAGUUUCCUGGACAGUAUGGCGCAAUGCCGCCGGUUCCUCCGUACAUGCCACCCGUCCCUGCUGCCAGUAGUCAACAGAGCGGUUUUCCAUCGGCCCCUGUACCACAGGCCGACCCUAAUGUUGCUGCGCAACAAGUGCUUCUGAUACAGACGCUACUCUCUCAAGGGAUCGCACCUGAUAUGGUCACGGCUAUUGUACAGCAGCUUACAACUGGUGCUGGUCACAACAACUCGGCUACUCCUCAGCAGUUCCCGCCUCCGAUUGGAGCUGGAGGCUAUGGUGCAGGAGCUUGGAAUGCAAACAUGAACCGACCUUCUGAAUCACAUGAUAGGGACCGUCCGAGGUCGCCUGGAGGAUACAGGGGCCGUUCUCGCUCGCGAUCCCCAGGUCGCAAUCGCUGGGACCAAGGCUACGGAGCUAGGCCUGAUGACCGGGACAACGGUGGCAGGGAUAGCCACUCGGAUUAUCGUCAGCGUUCACCUCAGGGCCGUAAUGGGAAUUCCCGGAGGCCAUCAGAGCGCUACAUUGAGUUUGACCCUUCGCUGCCUGAAAAUAACAUACGAGUUUUGAGUAGAACACUGUUCAUUGGAGGUGUAACAUGCUCCGAAAGCGAGCUCCGUAGCAUCUUCAGCAACUUUGGUGAGGUCCAGACUUGCAUUGUCAACCGGGACAAGCGUCACGGCUUCGUAAAGAUGUUGACGCGUAAGGAUGCGGAAGCAGCCAAGGACGGCAUGAUGGAGUAUCGAAGCCCGGAACACCACCUCAGGACGCGCUGGGGCGUUGGAUUUGGUCCACGAGACUGCAGCGACUACGCCAAGGGCAUCAGUGUCAUCCCGAUCCAUAGGUUAACCGAGGCAGACAAGAAGUGGAUGCUCACGGCGCCGUUCGGCGGCACGGGUGGCAAGCCUAUCUCGACGGGCAUGGUGGUCGAGGAACCGGACAUUGAGAUCGGCGCAGGUGUUUCGUCCAAGGCCAUAAGUAGACGGAUGCAGACUGACAGGGGCGGUAUGCAUGGUCCGAGGUCUUCACAUCGCGGCGGGCGGCAGUAG